AUGCCUCCUACCGAUGCUUUCUACGUGCGGUACUACAGUGGUCACAUGGGUCGUUACGGUCAUGAAUUUUUAGAAUUUGAAUACAGCGAUGGCAGGUUGAGAUACGCGAAUAACUCCAACUAUCGGAAUGAUAGUUUGAUCCGGAAAGAAAUGUGGCUAUCACCCAUGACAAUAUCGGAGCUGAAACGUAUAGUUGGGGAGAGUGAGAUCAUCAAGGAGGACGACCACAACUGGCCAAAGAAAAAUGUCGUUGGAAAGCAAGAGCUCGAGGUGCGACUUGGUGACACCCACAUUUCCUUCGAAACUGCGAAAAUCGGUUCUUUAGUGGAUAUUCAGGGCUCUGAUGACCCAGAGGGUCUGAGAGUGUUUUACUACUUGAUUCAGGAUUUGAGGGCAAAUUUUUGUGUUUUCACUGAUUUCAUCUCAUUUCAAAAUCAAACCUGUUAG